CGCCCGAGCCGGCCCCGAGGCACAGGGCGAAGGUGGAGCGGCUGACGUGGGCGCGUCUCGGUGGCGGUGGGCGGGCUCGGCCCGGCCGAGGAGAGCCAGCCGCUCCUCCUUUGGAGCCCCCUCUCCCACAAAACUUUCCUUGGAAGUGAGGGAGGGUGGACGCCAGUUCACCAGUGCGUAAGGACCCCCCCGACUGUCCCUAAGGCCUGUUUCUCGUCGUGUUGGGAAUCGGCUCCACUGAGGGCGUCUCAGAACAAUGCUCUAAUAAACAUUCUUCUACCUGGACCUUGAUGCAAAGGUAUUGGCGUUUUCAAGACACCAAGACACAAGAUACAUGCUUUGGAGUCGUAGGAGAAUUGUGGAUUCAAAAGACCUGUAAUGGCCAAAUACUACAGUGAAGUUCCAAGUCUGCAACAAGAUGACUCAGUUAUAGAAGGAGUAAGUGACCAAGUACUUGUGGCAGUGGUGGUCAGUUUUACUUUGAUUGCUACUCUCCUGUGUGCACUUUUCAGAAAUGUACAGCACAACAUUCAUCCAGAAAACCAAGAACUAGUCAGGGUGCUUCGAGAGCAACUUCAAACAGAACAGGAUGUCCCUGCUCCUGCUCGACAGCAGUUCUACACUGAAAUGUACUGUCCAAUCUGCUUACAUCAGGCCUCCUUUCCUGUUGAAACAAACUGUGGACAUCUUUUUUGUGGUUCCUGCAUAAUUGCAUACUGGCGAUAUGGGUCCUGGCUUGGUGCAAUCAGUUGUCCAAUCUGUAGACAAACGGUAACUCUACUCCUAACAGUAUUUGGUGAAGAUGAUCAAUCUCAGGAUGUUGUAAGAUUGCGUCAAGAUGUUAAUGAUUAUAACCGGAGAUUCUCAGGGCAGCCUAGAUCUAUUAUGGAAAGAAUCAUGGAUCUCCCCACCUUGCUGAGACAUGCAUUCAGGGAAGUGUUUUCAGUUGGGGGUCUCUUCUGGAUGUUCCGAAUUAGGAUAAUGCUUUGUUUAAUGGGAGCUUUUUUCUAUCUAAUAUCGCCUCUAGAUUUUGUACCUGAAGCCUUGUUUGGAAUUCUGGGCUUUCUAGAUGACUUCUUUGUUAUCUUUUUGUUGCUUAUCUACAUCUCUAUUAUGUACCGAGAAGUGAUAACCCAAAGACUAGCUAGAUGAGAAAAAUUACUUUACUAGAAUAUCCGAGCUUAUAUAAAAAAUCCAAUAAAAGGAUCUAUGGCAGUAUCCAUCACCCAACUGUUAUUUUACAAGCUUAAAGCUUUUGGUUAUCAUUUGACAAAUGCCUAACAAUAUACAACUGGAAUUUUUACAUAAUACAGGUUCUAAUGUUAAGAUGAGAUUAUAGUGAUCUACAGCUUUAUCUCAAUUCUGUGUGUCUGUAAAAAAAUAUGGAACCAAUUGAAAAAGGA